AUGGAUCAAACUGAAAAUAACUUCAUCAAUAAUACUAAUACAACAACUCCUGCACCUCAAAAUAUUACACUUGAAUUUUAUUUUACUUCACCAGAUGGUACGCGUAUUUAUCAUGUUACGUAUACCGAAUUAAAUUUAACGGAAACCGCGCGACACUUAAAUAGUAGAAUUGAUUUAUCCCGCAUUCCUGAUCAUCAGCUUACUUAUCAUUAUAAUGUACAACAUUCAAUUCGCCAACAGAUUGUUCAACGAUCUGUUAUCCCACAAUCUUUCGAUACUAUGGUUAUUCAACCAAUUUCCCAAGAAUAUCCAAAUGAUAAUGCUUACGAUGUAUCUUCAAUUUCUCCUAUUCAACAACCUGUUGAUUAUCAACAAGAUACUCCCCCACAACAAUCUUUCGAAACUAUAAUUGUUCAACCUACUUUCCAAGAAUAUUUAGAUGACAAUACUUACGAUGCAACUUCAAUUCCUCCAAAUAGUCUUGAAAAUACUUGA